AUGAGCUACACUUUCUUCUUUUUUGUUUUCUUCCUGUCUAGUUAUCUUGAUAUUUGUGGAGAACCUGUUACACUGGAGACGUUUAUGGCAUGGAGAAAGAGAUUUGAAGCAGAACUUGCACUUGAACGAGCAAAGCUGAUGCCUGAGUCUGCUCUUACGGCACCCAAGGAGAAGAAGCUUACAGGAAGACAAUGGUUCGAGAGUGGCAGAACGAGAAGAGCAGUGCUCACUGCUGAUCAAGAAUCUGAGGAGGAAGAUGAUGAAGAUAUUUACUUUGACGACGAAGACUUUGAAGAUGAUGAAGAAGACAUGCUUGAGCACUACCUGGCGGAGAAAUCUGAUGCUUCAGCUCCCAUAGCAAGGGCCUGAAGCUAGGGUGCCUUAUAUAAUGAUUGUUAAAGCUCUUUUCUGGAUAGAGAUCCAGAUGAUGAGAGCCUGACAUUACAUUGAGCAGCAUUCAAUCUCCAUAUCCUAAGUUUUGCCAGCUUUGAUCUACCCAAGAGUAUCUGAAAUCCUAUAUAUCAUCUUAACUCUGUUCAUCUAUAAGAACAAUUUAUGCGAAAAUGCCACUGGUUUUAUCACUUUUUUUUUUGUCGAGUACCAGCGCAAAUCCGAUCUCUCAGUCAAGUCUUAAAAAUACAAAUAGUUGAAUCUAUGAGUAAAUCAGUAUGUUCCAUUCUUUAUUACUUGGAGAACAUAUAAAGCAAUGGAAAGCUAUGUUUAUAGCAGAUAAAUAAUAAUGCUAUCAAAGUAUAUAGUUUCUAAAUAGUGACAUGGGUUGCAUCUAAAUAUGUUACAGUGAGUCCAAUAUGCCUUCUUCACUAGACUUUAAAGACAGAAAACCCGCCAGGACUCUUAGAUGCAAGAACAUUUAUACAGCUAAACACAACCUUGGUCUGUCAUAGCCUGAGCUAUGUUCAA